UUUGAAGAUCGUGACGUCACUAGUUAAGAAUAAAAAAGCGAAAGAUCAGAGUUUAUAUGAGGAUCCACCAAUGAUGUGCUAUAUGUGUAGGUGACUAAAGCAAUGAGAUUGUGAUAUACCAGGAGAAAGGAAGUGGAAGUUAUGAGAUAGGUGCUACUUUUAAUGGAGAAAUUUAACGAUACUGUUUCCUGGUACCAAGCCAAGAUCGGAGCGUAUGACAAACAGCUGUGGGAAAAAUCUGUGGAACAGACAGUUCUAAAGGGACUUCAUAAUGUCCGCAAGAAAGCUGCAAAGGCAAAGACCGAGUUGAUUGAUGUGGACCUGGUCAGAGGGUCCACAUUUACCAAAGCUAAGCCAGUUUCCGCAUGGACUGCCGUGACCAGAAGGGGAAUCGUAAGGGUCUUGUUCUUCCCACUUUUCUUCCAAUGGUGGAGAAAGCAGACAUCUCCAAAGUUUUUCUUCUAUCUUCUUGUUCUGUAUAUCCUGCAGUUGUUUUGCCUGGCUCUUUAUGUGCUAGAUUACCCAACAGGGAUCACGGAGAAAGUCAGCAUUGGAGAAGUUAUCUGUCCCAUUAUGGUUAUGUUCAUACUUGGGACUCUACAUUCUCAGAUUGUUGCAACUCAUCUAAGUCAUCUGCCAAGGAGCUCAUGUGCAAAGAAAGCCUCUAAAAGAAAGAAGAAAGCAAGCAGCAGUACAUCUGAGAGAGACAACAUAAGCACAACUGCCAAGCUAUGCAAACCAGUGGAUUCUUGCCCAACUGUUCAUAUCCCUCAGCCCAGCAUAACAAAGCAAAGCAGUGCAACCUUAGACCCUCUUAAUACAUCUAAGUGCCAUAUUGCUCCAGAAAAUAUCAACCGUAGUGAAGUAUUUGAGCAUUCUGGGAACACAGAUAGUGAUAAUGCUCAAAUUAAAGACAACUCUAGUGCAAAAACAGACAAUGUAGAAAAUGCUUCUAGAAUUUUAAAGUUUCCUAAUAUCAGAAGAGAACGUGAAAAAGAAACUUCAAAUUCUGAUGAUUUUGAGAUUUUAAAGUCCAAUGAUUGCAAUGAGCCAAAGGUGCAAUCAAGGCAUAAUACUGAAGAUGAAAGUUCAACUUUUGGGAACAAUGUACCAAUUGAAACAAAUGGAGACAGGCAAAUAAAUAAUAAAUCUAAUCUCAGUGUGCAUAAUGAAAGCGUAAUGAAAACUCAAGUGCAUCAUCCAGUGAAAGAGGACUCAAGUGACAGAGACCAGAGGCUUUCUGAUAAUACUGAGUCUGAGAAGGAGACCCUGGAUGAAGAUGAUCACACGACACUUAGAUUAAAAGAAAGAAAUAAUCAAGAUAAGAUGACGCCAUCUAUCAGGAGACGGAGAUCCAAAGGAAGUUUUUCUACUCCCAAAAGAUCCGAUCGGGUUUCUUUUGAAAACAUUAAAACUACUAAUCCAGGAGCCCAGGUUCGACCAGGGUUCUUAAACCUACGUGCACGAGAAGCCAAGGAGCAUAUAGGGUUAAGUUCUUGUGAAUCAGACACAGAAGGGUUAACACCCUCCACUCCUGGCUUUACAAGGAAUUUGUACAAGAGGGCAGAGAAUGAAUCCAAAAGUCCACAGACCUCAGAGGGAGAAUGGGAGGACAGAAUGGAUACUGAUGUUAACACAUCAGACACGUCUGUCAGUGAAUGUGACUCCAACACAAACAAUGAGACAUCAGAUAAAGAGAACCCGGAUGAAGACCCUUUCUACCAGACAGGAGGUAGCAACACCCUCAUUACAUCAUCUACAGCUGAUAGGGUAAGCUGUGUUAUAUGGGACGACAGGGAGCUUAACAAGGUGGACCUCACUGCCCUAGACAUUGGUUGGAUGAUCAUAGAACGUGUGGAUAAAAUACCAGAGACAGCCGACUAUCUCAUCCUCGGGGUGAUGUUCUCAGUUGCUAUGUGCCUGAUGCCUUCUUUCUACAGAGUCUACUUCGAGGGUGGUAGUAAACUGUCAGAAUUGACAACUUUAGACUGUCUCACAAAUAUCAGCUUGGGUGUAUUGAAAGAAUCUUGGAAGUACCACAUCACUGUGUUUAAUAGUUUUCUGCAAAGACUCAGUUUAGGAAUCAUAUUCUUCUUCCUGUUGUCUGUGGCAGAGAGAACAUUUAAGCAGCGCCUGCUGUAUGCCAAGCAUUUUUGCUACUUGACAUCAUCAAGACGAGCCAAGAAAUAUGAGCUUCCUCACUUUAGACUCAACAAAGUCCGCAACAUUAAAACAUGGUUAUCUCUACGCUCAUACUUGAAGAAAAGAGGUCCUCAACGAUCUGUAGAUUUGAUUGUCUCAGCUUCAUUUCUUAUUGAGGUCAUAUUGAUCUCAUUACUAUGUAUACAGUUGCUGUCAAACAGUGAAUAUUUCCUGACAUCCCUCAUCAACUUGGAGUUAUCCCUUUGGGCCAUGGCACUUGCAAUCUACUUGCUGCGCUUCAUGACACUUGGAACAAAGAUCAACAAGAAAUAUAGAAACUUCUCGGUGCUAAUUACUGAACAGAUCAACCUGUACCUACAUAUGGAACAGAAACCUCAUAAGAAAGAAGAACUGAUGCUUGCCAACAAUGUACUGAAACUUGCAGAAGAUCUGCUCAAGGAACUUGAGAGUCCAUUUAAGAUCUCGGGAUUUUCAGCUAGUCCUAUAUUAUACAACAUUACAAAAAUCACCUUGUUAUCUGCAUUCUCUGCCAUUCUCUCAGAGCUGCUGGGUUUCAAACUUAAACUUUACAAGAUAAAAUUAAAAGUAUAGAUUUCACCAAUGUUUGGUGGUAAAAUGUAUAGGGUUAUAUAAAACAUAAGUGCUCUUACAGUACGUGCUUCUGAUAUGCUUCAUCAGCAGUCUCACUUCUGCUUUCGGGAAUUCAACUGAAGCAGAUAUGAUGAGGAGUUACCCCAAGCAGUGUGGAUCAGGCUCCACCAGCACGAUACAGUGUAGCCCCACAAGAUGAUAAGUUGAAGACCAUUCAGCAGAUUCAGGCCUUAUCUUUAUAAGAUUUCAAACUUUAUAGUAAAAAUGUUAAAACAGGGAAAUACAUUCAUACAGAACCACUUGACUUUAAAGCUAUAGAUGCUAUGGCUAGUUUGCAAUGU